UUUUGUUUAAAGAACUUCAAAUACUUUAAAUAAUAAUGGGAGCGGGGAGUAGUAUUGAAAUCCCUGGUGGAGGUACCGAGGGUUACCAUGUCUUACGUGUCCAAGAAAAUUCACCCGGCCAUCGUGCUGGUUUGGAACCGUUCUUCGAUUUUAUCGUAAUGAUCGGAAACACGAGACUAAAUCAAGACGAUGACAGAUUGAAAGACAUUUUGCGAGCGAACGUUGAGAAACCGAUAAAAAUGCUCGUUUACAGCAGUAAAAGUUUACAAUUGAGGGAAGUCACUCUCACUCCUAGUAGUGUUUGGGGAGGACAGGGUCUACUCGGAGUAUCAAUUAGGUUUUGCUCGUUUGAAGGAGCAAACGAGAACGUCUGGCAUAUCUUGGAUGUUGAACCGAAUUCACCUGCUUAUUUAGCUGGACUUCGUCCAUAUUCUGACUACAUUAUCGGAGCAGAUUCUCUUCUGAACGAACAGGACGAUUUAUUUUCACUGAUCGAGUCGCAUGAUGGGAAGCAAUUGAAGUUAUACGUUUAUAAUAGUGACACAGACAGUUCAAGAGAAGUUGUUAUAACUCCCAAUAGUGCGUGGGGAGGGGAAGGCAACCUUGGUUGUGGAAUUGGCUACGGAUAUCUGCAUAGGAUACCGACAGUUGCAAGAGAUCCAUCUCAGCAGACAGAUCCUGGCACUCUCAGCUCAGUAGCCGUGGCCCCUGCUGUCCCAGCCCAGCAGUUAGUACAACCAGUGGACGGGUUCUCUGAGGUUUCUCUCAGUUCCUCCUUGCCUGGGCAGUCCACAGCUCACUAUGCCUCAGUGCCACCUCUAGUGUCUGUUCCUAUGGCAACGACCGCUUCAAUGUUACCCGGCAACAACAUUGAUCUAAGCGUACCAACACUUGCACAGAUGCAAGCACCACUACAACCGGCUACGAGUUCUAUACCGGGGAUUCCCCCUAUUUCACUCCCCGCGGGCCUCCCCCCUAUGCCACAACUCCCUAACCUGACAAUGCCCCCUAAUUUAACCAUCCCACCCCUGAAUUUACCCCCACUUGUAGGAGUUAGCCAAGCCCCACUUUUACCCACAAGUUACGCAAUGCCCACCCUAUCGAACCCCAUUGCAACUGACCCAAUUAAUAUCACCCCAAUGCCAGCUGCGGGCCAGGUCACCCUGCCAUCUAUGGACAGUCUAAAUGCAGCCCUGCCGAAAAUGACCCCACUUUUGCCCCAACCUGCGGUUUCCGAGCCCCAAGCCCCAACUGAAGAUGCCGCUCCUCUCCAGCAAAAUGGCGAAGCAUAAAAACAAAUAUUAUAAUAAAAUAUAAACUUGAAGCAAAUAAGCUAGCUGCUAGUCACCUCAAGAUGGGGUGAGAGAGUUUUUUAACACCCCCUUGUAUUUAUUAUUAGCGUUAAUUUUAUAUGGUGUUGUAUGAUCUGGAUAUCUGUUUGAAAAAUGUUGGUUUUUCACCUCAAAAAAAGAAAAAUUCCAUCUUUUAAAUUCCCUGAUUUAUACAGUUUUUGAAAUUGUGCAAUUGAAUGUUUUGUCAGUCUUUAUCUACUUGGAAGUUUUCACUGGGAAAGAUUUGAUUUGAAAAUAGUUAGUUUUGACUGUUUCCAUCAGCUCUGAAUUCGGUUCAAAAGUUCGGUUGAAAGGUUUAAGAAAACUGAAAUUGUACAAUGUUUAAAAUGAUAAAAAAUGAAUAUUAUAUUUAUUUGCUUGUAAAUUCUCUUUGGGAAAAAUGGACAUUGUUCUCAGUGUGACAAGUGUCUAAGUAAGAUUAAAAUUUUACGUAUAUCGUUGCGAAGAAAUUCCGAUUGGUUGAUUGCCAAAAGGAGCAGGGUUUGUUUCGUCCAACACCGUCACUCCACAACAGUGGUUCCCAAACCUUGGCCCGUGCAACGAUUUAAUAUGGCCCGUCGAACUUGAGUGGAAAAGUUUAACACUUUAGGUUUUUACCUUUUUGCGUUCUAAAUACCGCUAAUUGUUACGUCAUUAUCAUAGUUCAAGCACAUGUAUAUUUGUAACAGUUCAAUUAUACCGGUAUUUUAUGUACAGGCCCCUUGAUGGCAAUUCUCCCUUCCGACCCGCGAAUAUCCUUCCGCUUCUAAAUUUGGGGCCCGGUUCAUCAACUUUGGGGCCCACUGCUCUAAAAUUUGCUGCCCUUCGUUGCAAAAUAAAAAUUCUAUUCUGUAAAA